AUGGAUAAACAACCAACAUUAUUCGAAGGUUUACCUGUUGAACUUUUUCAUGUUAUUUUUGAAUAUUUGGCACCUCAUGAUCUUUUUAUGGCUUUUAAUAAUCUCAAUCAACGAUUUACAUGUAUACUUGCUCGACAACCACUUUUUAUACCAAAUAAUCGAAAUAUGAACAUAAGUCUUUCUUUCGAUUAUCUAACUUCAAUUAUACCAAAUCAUCUAUCACAAAUUGUUUAUCUUCAUCUAUCAGAACGAUAUGCUCCACAUGCACUUGAUUAUUUUAUUUCAACAAUACCACUUGAAGCACACAAUUGGCCUNGCCUGUCUGUAAGGGGUGGGGGUGGGGGAGCCGCAAAAACUCGAACUUAA